CGGGAGGUGGAAGGGAGGGGGUGACUGGACCUCCUGGAGGUCGCCUGGGGUCGAGCAGCUGGCCUGAGUAAGACGAGAUGUGAGGUUCAGAUCGACCUUUUUCUCCCCCCGCCCCCCAGACCCGGCACCCCUUCUCACCACCUGGCGCGUGGGGCCAGGUCUGCAGCCCCUGGUCCGCCCUACAACCCCCAUGGGCUGCCGCCAGCCGCCGCCUAGGCUGCCAUCCAGGACACGGCAGGGAUAAGCGCAGGCCCCGCCGCCACCAUGUCGGGGGACUACGACGACGACCUGUGCCGGAGGGCCAUCGUCCUGGUCUCGGAACUCUGCACACGGGUGCGAGACGCCGACACCAGCGACAGGUGCCAGGAGUUCGACAACCUGCGGAUCCGAGGCUACCCCCGGGGUCCGGAUGCAGUUUCCUCAUCCGUGGCAAUAAGAAGUCACCCUGUGGGGAUCAUAAGUCAGUGUCUCGGGGGGCAGUGGGGAGAGUCAAGUGCCAGAAUCCACCACCGGGCCUGGAACAAGCUGGCCCCCACGCCCCUGCUGGGCCCGCACCACCAUGCGCACACGGCCCACCACCCGCCCUUCGCCGAGCUGCUGGAGCCGGGCAGCCUGGGGGGCACCGACCCCCCUGAGCCCUCCUACCUGGACAUGGACUCCUACCCAGAGGCCGCCGCGGCCGCGGUGGCCGCGGGGGUCAAGCCCAGCCAGACGUCCCCUGAGCUGCCUUCCGAGGGCGGGGGCUCUGGGCUGCUCCUGCUGCCCCCCAGCGGCGGGGGCUUGCCCAGCGCCCAGUCGCACCAGCAGGUCACCAGCCUGGCACCCGCCACCAGGGCCUGUCGGGGUCCAGUGGCCAGCAUGCCGCUUACCGGGCUGCAGCAUGGGCGUCGGUCGGGGAGGCGGCCGGGGCUUCCUGAGGCAGAGGUGUCUUGGCUAAACCUGCAGGUGCACAGGAAGACCCUGAACCCCGUCUUCAACGAGACCUUCCAGUUCUCCGUGCCGCUGGCUGAGCUGGCGCAGCGCAAGCUGCACUUCAGCGUCUACGACUUCGACCGCUUCUCGCGGCACGACCUCAUCGGCCAGGUGGUGCUGGACAACCUCCUGGAGCUGGCCGAGCAGCCCCCCGACCGCCCGCUGUGGCGGGACAUCGUGGAGGGCGGCUCGGAAAAGGCAGACCUUGGGGAGCUCAACUUCUCACUCUGCUACCUCCCCACGGCCGGGCGCCUCACCGUGACCAUCAUCAAAGCCUCUAACCUCAAAGCGAUGGACCUCACUGGCUUCUCGGACCCCUAUGUGAAGGCCUCUCUGAUCAGCGAGGGGCGGCGUCUGAAGAAGCGAAAAACCUCCAUCAAGAAGAACACGCUGAACCCCACGUACAACGAGGCGCUCGUGUUCGACGUGGCCCCCGAGAGCGUGGAGAAUGUGGGGCUCAGCAUCGCCGUGGUAGAUUAUGACUGCAUUGGGCACAACGAGGUGAUCGGUGUGUGCCGCGUGGGCCCAGAAGCCGCCGACCCCCACGGCCGGGAGCACUGGGCUGAGAUGCUGGCCAACCCCCGCAAGCCCGUGGAGCACUGGCAUCAGCUGGUGGAGGAAAAGACUUUGACCAGCUUCACAAAAGGCAGCAAAGGAUUGUCAGAGAAGGAGAACUCAGAGUGAGGGGUCUGGCCUAGGCCCGGAUCGGACCAGGCCCCCUCGGGCCCCUCCCCUUUCUGCCCGGACCGUGAAUUCAUCUCCUCGAAGCCAUAAUGUCUGAGCUGUAUGGUGCGGGGCCAUCGGGCUGCCUGUCCUUCCACCCCAGUGGUGUGAGGGUGGAGGAAGGCGGACCUAGCUCCGUGUUUCAGGGUGGGGGGCUUCAGUCUCCACUGUGUCUGUCUUCCCUUCUCUGGGGCUCCCCUUCCAGGCGAGGGGCUGUGCAUGUCUGGGGGACACCUGGCACCCCAGAUCCUUUGUCUCUGUCUUUGCUGUUUGUUCGAGACUAAGUGUCCUGACCCCUGUUCUCUCUCUGAAUGUCAACGACCAAUCCUCUGUGUUCCCGACACCCCCACACACCCGUGUCUUCCCCUUCUGUUCCCCACAUCCCGCGUCUGGCCGAUCCCCCCACUGCUGCUGCUAUCAAUGCCAGAAUAAAUACACACCGUGGGUCUCACUCCACAUGGGGCUCCUGUCUUCUCUCAGCCGAGG